GCUGACCGCAGCACCCAAGAGGCGGCUGAGGGGAGCUGUGCAGAGAGUAGCGCUGGCUAUGGGGAGGGCAGCCCCAGCCCUCCUGAUACUGCUCAGCCUAAAAGUGACUAUUUGUGAUGCUGAGGACACCUGCUCAGACUCUCUUCAUUUCUCAGAGGUGAGAAUAGUGGGACUGGGUGAUGCUGACCGACUUGCCAUUCUUCAAGGAUGUCCAGGGAUCCCAGGUGUCUCUGGCCCAAAAGGAGAACCAGGUCUCCCAGGAAGAAAAGGAGAAAUGGGAGACCAGGGAUUCCCCGGGAAAGCAGGACCACCUGGUGCAAAAGGAGCAGCUGGAGAGCCUGGCUUCCCAGGUCUGAAAGGAACAAAAGGAGAGCCUGGAUUUCCAGAAAUAUGGGAACCCAGGAACUGCCAAGAACUGUUGGCCAAAGGGAGGAUUCUGAGUGGCUGGUACACAAUCUACCCCCAAGGCUGCAAUGCCACCACUGUCUUCUGCGACAUGGACACGGAUGGUGGGGGAUGGAUUGUUUUUCAGAGGCGCUGGGAUGGGUCAGUGAACUUCUUGCGAGAUUGGGAUUCAUACAAACGAGGCUUUGGCAACCAGCUGACGGAGUUCUGGAUGGGGAAUGACAACAUCCACUUCCUCACCUCUCUGGGACCCUGUGAACUCCGCAUUGACCUGAGAGACUUUGAGAACAACUACUAUUUUGCCAAGUAUGCUUCGUUCAGAGUUUUAGGAGAGUCAGAGAAAUACAGACUGGUGCUAGGAGACUUCCUUGGUGGAAACGCCGGAGACUCUUUCUCGUACCACAGGGACAUGCCAUUUUCAACAACAGAUCAGGACAAUGACAUGAGCUCCUUUAACUGUGCCACAGAAUACAAGGGAGCGUGGUGGUACAAUGACUGCCAUUACUCCAACUUGAAUGGGAUGUACUGGAUGGGUCCACAUGGGAGCUAUGCUGAUGGCAUCAACUGGAAGACAGGCAAAGAAUACCACUACUCCUAUAAGCGAACGGAAAUGAAGUUCAGGCCAGUUUAACGUGGCAAGAGGGUGCCUGAUAAGCUCCAAGAGGUGCCACUCACCAAUCAAGAGAAGACACAAAAUAUAAUGUUGUCUGGGGACAAAAGUGGACCCGGAAGGAUAUUACAGGUUGUGCCUUCUGCCUAGAGCAGGAUUUUUGAAGCCAGAAGAUACCGGUGCUGGUUUGAGCUCCUCCUGUAAGCACCAGACCCUGCUGCUUACUCUCACCCUCUCACUCCCACCCUGACUACCUCCAGCAGCCUCACUAAUGCUGACUGAGCCCAAGCAUCUUUUUCUGAAAAGUGCAUUACCUUGAUUUAAAGACCAACUGAUGGGUGGGGCCAGUGCACCUCAGUAAAGCUCUCUGAUAUUAUUACCCUAAAUGGUAAUUACUGGUAAUUUCUAGUCUAAUCCAUGUAUAUGAAGCCUCCAAUAUACUUUCAGCCUCUUUCUGUUGGACCCAAGAGCCGUCUGAAAGGCACUGAAUUCCUGACCUGUCCCACUCUCCCUGCAGGCUGUGAUGGAGCCACGAUGUAGAACAGCAUGGAAAAGACUGAGCUUCCAGGGCUGAGCGUCCAGGGCUGAGCACAGGGCUGCCAGUACUGCCAGUUUCCCCCUUCCCUCCCCAAGUGUUCAAGGACCUCAGGUGGGACCUCAGCUCCUGGAACCACAGCAGAGUUGCUCAGCACUUCCCACUGGGACACAGCUGCAGCUAGGCCCAGAGCCAGCUUUAGCCGCUCUUCCGGGCAUGUUUCUAGAUCUCAUUAGCUGCUGUGGACCAAGAGCUGCAUGCAAAACAGGCUGUUCAGCAGCAUGUGUGGUACCAAGACACUAGAGCAUCUCCAAGUCACUGGGUCUCUUCUUCCUGUGCUCGUGCUGCUGGAACUCCUCCCCACAGCUGACACAGGAGGGCUGACUGCUAACUCUUCACUGCGGGGACAGACAGAGACAAGUGGAAACAGAAUAUCUCUUUCUGUCAUGUUCCUAAUGGUCCCGGGUUUAUUUCACUACAUAUUGCACAGAUAUGUAGGAAGGGCAGCUCCAGCCCUACAAGACUUAAUCCAAACCUUGUGGGUGAGAAAAGUGAGGAGGUCACUCAGUCCACCACAGCAGGUCAACAGUGUGCUAAAAAAUAAACCUGAGGGUUUGCACCUCCCCA